AUGGGCAUGUACAAGAUUGGGUUUUUGAUAGCGGGAGCAGUGAUUUCAACCAUCCCGUGGGAUUCAUAUCUCAUCAGGCAGAAGAUCUGGACAUAUCCUCCAGGCGCCAUCGUCGGUCCAACGCUCCAGGACAUUCCAGCUGAAGAAGUUUUCUUCUUUUUCAUCCAAACCUUCAAUACUUCUCUACUUUAUCUCAUCCUAAGUAAAACUACGUUACAUUCUAUCUAUCUAGAUAGAGGACGUAGUUCCCAUAGAAUCAUCGGUCAGGUCAUACUCGUAGUUGCAAUUCUACAUGGCCUCGCGGCAGUUCAUAAUGGUGGAGAAGGUACCUACCUAGGCCUCAUCUUGAUUUGGGCUUGCCCUUUCAUCCUCUUAUUAUGGAGUCUUGCGUCUGACUUCUUGGUCCACCUACCCUUGACCAGCACCGUGAUCCCUAUUUUGGUGCCGACACUCUAUCUUUGGAUGGUCGAUACGUUUGCUCUACAUCGCGGGACAUGGAGUAUAUCCUCCGGAACAAAGCAUGGCAUUGAGCUGUGGAGGGGGCUUGAUAUCGAAGAAGCCAUCUUCUUUUUGUUGACAAACACCAUGAUUGUAUUCGGACAAGCGGCAUUCGACAAUGCCCUGGCCAUUCUGGACACAUUUCCUGAGAGAUUCAGACACGACACUGGUCUUCCAAGUCCGCCUCUCCUCAUUCAAACACUUCUCUUACCCAAAGCCAAGUACGACAAAGAGCGCAUCGCUGGGCUUGUCAACGCAACUACUCUUUUAAGUAAGAAAAGUCGGAGUUUCUACCUCGCCAGUGGAGCCUUCGAGGGGAAACUUCGGAUGGAUCUUAUUCGUCUCUACGCAUUUUGUAGGGCCGCUGAUGAUCUGGUCGACGAAGCCACAUCCACUGAAGCAGCAAGGUUGUGGAUCGAGAGGCUAGAGCGAUUCUUGCAGCUUGCGUUUGGCCAGAAAUCAUCAACAUCCGAGCUGGACGACUAUGUCAGGAAACAAUUCCCGGAACCGAUUCAGCAGGCAUUGCUACAGCUACCGACGAACUACCUUCCAAGCCAACCCCUCUACGAUUUGUUGAAAGGAUUUGAGACUGACUUGCUAUUUGCUACAAGCUUCCCAAUAGCAACUACCGAAGAUCUGGACUUGUAUGCAAGCCGUGUGGCGGGAACAGUUGCAGAGCUUUGCAAUUGCCUCAUACUUUGGCACUAUUCUCCAGAUAUAUCGGCAGAGUCACGUAGCCACAUUGUGAAUGGAGGCGUGCAGAUGGGAAUUGCUCUCCAAUAUGUCAACAUGGCACGGGACAUCACAGUGGACGCCGGCAUAGGCCGAGUCUACAUUCCGAGUACCUGGUUGAGCGAAUCGGGCUUAGAGGCUCAAGAUGUGGUUCAAACUCCAUCUGGAUCGUCCGUCGAAGGUUUGCGUCAAAGGCUCCUUGGUCGUGCCUUUGCGAAAUAUGAACUUGCUCGAGGGGCUAUUGAUGAGCUUCCUCCUGAGGUGAGAGGGCCGAUCCGGGUUGCCGUGGAAAGCUACAUGGAGAUUGGGCGGGUAUUGAGAGAACCGGGGUAUUCCGUUCGGGCUGGGAAAGCAACUGUGCCCUUGUGGAGGAGGAUCAGGGUUGCAUGGUCAGCGUUGAACCAGUAG